GCUCAUGCCAACUUCAGACACCGGAACUACGUUCGAUCCGUCGCAUACCUGAUCACCAGCGGAGUGGGCAUGCCGCUCUUCGGAUGGCUGGUCUGGGGACCCCUGGUCUCCAAAGCUGCUUUGACUCGGUCUUGCGGCUUCAUGAUGUCCGAAGA